GAUUUCAAUUACCUGAUGCUGCACUCCAAAGUAGUUCGAAGGUGGGUACAGGAUCUCAGUGACGGAACCACGUAGAAUAGAACCAUCGUGUUUGUACUCAUUUGAAAGGGCUCGCAGUUACCUAGCUGUCUGUGGUGAUUUCACUUACCUGAUGCUGCACUCUGAAGUAGUCCGAAGGUGGGUAGAGGAUCUCAGUGACGGAACCACGUAUAGUAGAACCAUCGUGUUUGUACUCAUUUGAAAGAUCUCACAGUUACCUAGCUGUCUGUGAUGAUUUCACUUACCUGAUGCUGCACUCAGAAGUAGUUCGAAGGUGGGUACGCGAUCUCAGUGACGGAACCACGUAAAACAAUCGUGUUUGUACUCAUUUGAAAGGGCUCGCAGUCACCUAGCUGUUUGUGAUGAUUUCACUUACCUGAUGCUGCACUCCGAAGUAGUUCGAAGGUGGGUACGCGAUCUCAGUGACGGAACCACGUAAAACAAUCGUGUUUGUACUCAUUUGAAUGGGCUCGCAGCCACCUAGCUGCUUGUGAUGAUUUCACUUACCUUAUGCUGCACUUCGAAAUAGUGCGAAGGUAGGUACAGGAUCUCAGUGACGGAACCACGUAAAACCAUCGUGUUUGUACUCAUUUGAAAGGGUUCGCAGUCACCUAGCUGUUUGUGAUGAUUUCACUUACCUGAUGCUGCAUUUCGAAGUAGUUCGAAAGUGGGUACGCGAUCUCAGUGACGGAAUUACGUAAAACCAUCGUGUUUGUACUCAUUUGAAAGGGCUCGCAGUUACCUAGCUGUCUGUGGUGAUUUCACUUACCUGAUGCUGCACUCUGAAGUAGUCCGAAGGUGGGUAGAGGAUCUCAGUGACGGAACCACGUAUAGUAGAACCAUCGUGUUUGUACUCAUUUGAAAGAUCUCGCAGUUACCUAGCUGUCUGUGGUGAUUUCACUUACCUGAUGCUGCACUCUGAAGUAGUCCGAAGGUGGGUAGAGGAUCUCAGUGACGGAACCACGUAUAGUAGAACCAUCGUGUUUGUACUCAUUUGAAAGAUCUCGCAGUUACCUAGCUGUCUGUGAUGAUUUCACUUACCUGAUGCUGCACUCAGAAGUAGUUCGAAGGUGGGUACGCGAUCUCAGUGACGGAACCACGUAAAACAGUCGUGUUUGUACUCAUUUGUAAGGGCUCGCAGCCACCUAGCUGCUUGUGAUGAUUUCACUUACCUUAUGCUGCACUUCGAAAUAGUGCGAAGGUAGGUACAGGAUCUCAGUGACGGAACCACGUAAAACCAUCGUGUUUGUACUCAUUUGAAAGGGUUCGCAGUCACCUAGCUGUUUGUGAUGAUUUCACUUACCUGAUGCUGCAUUUCGAAGUAGUCCGAAGGUGGGUACAGGAUCUCAGUGACGGAACCACGUACAGUAGAACAAUCGUGUUUGUACUCAUUUGAAAGGGCUCGCAUUUACUUAGCUUUCUGUGAUGGUUUACAUACCAUUUCUGAAAAUGCUUUUAUUGUACUCUUUUUGUUGAGUUGCGAUAAUAUUUCUAAUGUAUCUUUAUGUUUUUAGGCAAUUGAGAAAUCAGCAGAAAUCCCAUUCAGAAAAUCAGGGGAAAGAUCCGUCAACUGAAUGUAAUGCAUUACAUUCAUCUACGACUAUUGCAGAAACUCACGAUCCGUUCGGUAUGGCAGUUGAUGAGGAGACUUCGCUGCCGGAUAUUACGCUUCAACAAGAUGACAUUUUACCGGAAUUAACUAUUGAGAAGAAUCAACCAGUAACAGAAAAAAGAAAUAUAUCUGGCAGACGAAUUGUUGAUAUAAAAUACUUUUUUUCAAAAUUGCAAGAAAUCAGCAAUCAUAGCCCCUAUAACUGUGGAGUACAAAGUUUAAAAAUUGUUGGAGAGAAACGAGUUGGAUUGUCAUCCAAGUUUACUCUAGAGUGUUUAAUGUGUAAAGGAAAGUUUAUAUUAAAUAAUGUCCCAGGUGAUCUGGAAAUAAAUACAGAAUCAGUCGCUGGUGCGUCGAUGUGUAAAGAAAAGUAUAUUCUAAAUGUCUCCGGUGAUCUGGACAUAAAUACAGCUGCGGUUGCCGGUGCAGUUUCUGUUGGUAUAGGCUACUCACAAUUAGAGGAAUUACUGUCAGCGAUCGAUUUACCUAUGAUGACUGAGCCUCUGUACCAAAAACAGCACGAGUUUGUUUCUAACGCCUGGGAAAAAGCACUUGAUCAAUCCAUGCAAGAAGCCGCAGAAGAAGAAAAAAAGAUUGCUUUAGAAAAAGGUCGUGUGACCACUGAUGGCAUACCUAUUAUAGAUGUUAUUGUUGAUGGAUGCUGGAGUAAGAGGUCUUAUAAAAAGAAUUACUCAGCACUUUCAGGAGCUGCUGCCAUAAUCGGAAAAGAAACGAAAAAAAUUUUGUUUCUCGGUGUUAAAAAUAAGUACUGCAGCAUAUGUGCGCAAGAUUGUAACAAAAAUCAAACUCCGAGAGCUCAUCAGUGUUACAAAAAUUUCACGGGUGCUUCUACUGCCAUGGAAUCUACCCUGAUAGUAGAAGGUUUUAGAUCAUCUGUUGAAAUGUACGGUCUGAUUUAUGGACGUCUAAUAUCUGACGGAGAUUCUAGCACGUACUCUAAAAUAUUAGAAGCAAGACCUUACCGUCAAUUUACAGUUGAAAAAGUAGAGUGCAGAAAUCACCUUUUAAGAAACUUGUGCAACAAACUGGAAAACCUGAUCACAGAUACAAAAUAUCCCAUACAUCUUAGAAAAUUAAUUACGAAAAAACGCAUAAUGACUAUUAGGUCCACAAUUAGAAAAUGCAUCAAAAAAUAUCAUGAUUCUACAGAGACUAUAGAUUUUUGCACUCACAAACUUUUUGAGGACAUUCAAACUGUACAUUUACAUGCCUUCGGGAACCACACCAACUGUAAAAACCAUUUCUGUAAUUGUCGUCAAACUGAAACUGAAUCAGUACUGGCGGAUUUUUUCACAAGUUCUUUAUGGCAGAGAAUAUGUUUUAUUAUAAAUAGUAUUGCUGGCCAUUCAAGAAGUCUUGUUCAUGAUAUUGAUAGUAACAUCGUAGAAUGUUUUCACAGCGUUGUGGCCAAAUUAGUUGGGGGUAAAAGAGUAAAUUACUCUCUGAGGCGCGGCUAUCAAACUAGGUGUUCAGCUUCUGCAAUUACGUUCAAUACUAAAAGAAAACCUACUACAAUAUUGUACAAAACAAUUGUUGGCAAAAGCCCUAAAGGCCGAAUGAGCACUUUAGAUAAUAAGUAUCGGAAACUUAGAGGCUUGAAGAAACGCGCCAAUUAUAAAAAGCCACAGAAGACAUGUGACGCUAUAACUCAAAAUAAAGAUUAUGGUGAACAAAGCUCUAAGCCGGAUGUGAGUGAUGAUAUUCUUAAUUUAAUGAAGGAAACUUUUAUAUCCACUUUAAAAAAAAGUGAAGAAGAAAGAACACGGAUUGAGCGGCAGACCAUUUUGCAAAGCGAGUCUAGCGAAUGGCUUGAACUUAGACGUUCUUUGUUGACAGCUUCGAACUUUGGCAAAGUGAUCAAAAUGAGGCCAGAUACUAGUUGUGCCAAUAUAGUAAAGCAAUUGCUAUACAAAAUUAAUAUAGAUGCUGCUCCUAUACAGCACGGAAGAGAAUAUGAAAAAAAAGCGCUACAACAAUUAUCUACGCAAGAAGCAGUGGAUAUAAGACCUUGCGGGCUUUAUAUAGAUCCCGAAAUUCCGUAUUUGGGGGCCACACCAGAUGGGAUUAUAGACGAAGAAACAAUAGUGGAGGUUAAGUGUCCAAUAACGGCAUUUAAGACAGGACUAGAGGAAGCUAUUACAAAAAAAAAAGUAAAUUUUUGGAUUAAAGACAAAUUAGGUAAUUUAAAGAUAAAUAAAAAUCACAACUGGUUCUAUCAAGUACAGGGGCAGUUACACGUGACUCGGAAAGCAAAAUGUGUAUUCGCUGUAUGGUUCAGUCAGUCGCAACCACUGAAAACGGAAGUCAUUUAUAGGGAUGAUGAUUGUUUUG